GUAUUUUCGGUCUCCAGUUUUUGAGAAACAUAAAAAGAGGAACUAGAGUACUCGGAUAAAAUUCCACUUUUCCAAUUCGUUUGAUGGUCAAAGCAUUUUCUGGGUUAAUUUAGUAACGAACUGUAAGAUUUAGGAAAACAUCGAGGACUGAUUAGUAAAACUGCUCCACUGACCCAUUUAAAAACGCCACACACAUCAAAAGGACAAGCAAUGACUCUUCACUCGACUAGUUGUCCUGGUUUUUAGAUAUUUAGUAUUUUCGUAUCAAGUGCAAAAGUGUAACCGGAAAUAAACAUCCUCAUGCCUCGAAAAUAAAAUUCACAGUUUAACUUUUUUAGAAAAGAAAGAAAAAGAUUUAGAUUCACAUCCCCAAGACACGAAUAAAUCUGUAAGAACACACCUCUGAUAUUGACUAUCUGAUUGUAAAAUUUGUGAUUUAUGUUGUGAUUGAAAAGCAGAUUCGACAGUUUUGAGAUUUGAAGGACAAAACCGGAAGUUGUAGUCGUGUGUCGCUUACGUGACACUUAGCUUACAUGUUGCAGUUUAAGUGGCAAAAAAAAAACCCAACCAAAAAACGGGUAAAUACAGAAAACUACAGUCAGGUCCGAUGUGUCGUGUUCGGGUAGAUAAACCAUAUCAAAACGCGCUCGCUGCGUGUUUACGCGCCGUGUGAAAGCCGAGGUUUGUCCGCUGUGGAGGAUGACGCAGGAUUUUAUCCUCAAGUUUACUGCUGUCGACAUAAGCAGCUCCAGCUGAAGGAGGAGGAGGAGGAGGAGAGGGGAGAGCGGCGGGACAAAUCCCAGUCACAAGACUUCUUCAUUGCCGCUUUUUCCCCAGUCGGAGGCUCAAAGUAAGGCCCAAACUUUUCCUCUUCUUCUACGUUUCCCAUCUGCCCCUGGACUUAUGGAGAACCCCGGCUACAGCAGCGGCUUCGACGGCCUCCAUCACCCCAGCGACGACGACGAUGACGAGAUGGUGGACAUCGCGGGGGCCACGCUGGACUUUUCGGCCACGGAUGACGUCCCCCCGCUCAGCUCAGGAGGUUAUGAUGAGUACAGCGCCGGUAGCAGCAGCAGAGCAGCCGGUAUGAACGGGAGCGGCCCCACUAAGCUAGUGGACCCUUUGGAAGACCCGCUGCCUGGGGUGGGCACCUACGAAGACUUUAACACCAUCGACUGGGUCAGGGAGAAGAGCAAGGACCGCGACAGACACAGAGAGAUCACCAAUAAGAGCCGAGAGUCGACUGUGGCCCUGCUGCACAGCGUCAGCGACGCCUUCUCCGGAUGGCUGCUCAUGCUUCUGGUGGGACUCAUGGCAGGUGCUCUCGCUGGUGGUAUCGACAUCGCAGCUCACUGGAUGACAGACCUGAAAGAAGGGGUGUGUCUUAUUGGCUUCUGGUUCAACCACGAGCACUGCUGCUGGACGUCUAAUGAGACGACUUUCCAGGAGAGGGACCGCUGUCCGCAGUGGAAGAGCUGGGCUGAACUCAUAGCAGGAACGGCUCAGGGCCCGUUUGCCUACAUAGUGAACUACCUAAUGUACAUAUUUUGGGCUCUGCUCUUCUCAUUCCUGGCUGUGACGCUGGUCAGGGCCUUUGCUCCAUAUGCCUGUGGAUCAGGAAUACCAGAGAUUAAAACAAUCCUCAGUGGGUUCAUCAUUCGUGGCUACCUGGGGAAGUGGACCUUGAUCAUAAAGACCAUCACUCUGGUUUUAGCCGUCUCCUCCGGCCUCAGCUUGGGGAAGGAGGGACCUCUGGUUCAUGUGGCCUGCUGCUGUGCCAACAUACUCUGCCAUCUGUUCACCAAAUACCGCAAAAACGAGGCCAAACGGCGAGAGGUUCUAUCGGCAGCAGCCGCAGUCGGAGUGUCCGUGGCUUUCGGUGCUCCCAUAGGAGGAGUCCUGUUCAGUCUGGAGGAGGUGAGUUAUUACUUCCCCCUGAAGACCCUGUGGCGUUCGUUCUUCGCCGCCCUGGUGGCGGCCUUCACCCUGCGCUCCAUCAACCCGUUUGGAAACAGCCGCCUGGUGCUGUUUUACGUGGAGUUCCACGCCCCGUGGCACCUGGUGGAGCUGGCACCUUUCAUCCUGCUGGGGAUAUUCGGCGGCCUCUGGGGGACGCUGUUCAUCAAGGCCAACAUCGCAUGGUGCAGGACGCGGAAAACCACUCGGCUCGGGCACUACCCGGUCAUCGAGGUGCUGCUGGUCACCGCGGUGACCGCCCUGCUCGCCUUCCCAAACAGUUACACCAGAAUGAGUGGAGCUGAGCUCAUAUCCGAGCUUUUCAACGACUGCUCCCUGUUGGACUCCUCUCAGCUGUGUGGCUACAAGCAGCCGGUCAACACGUCAGAAACGGGCGUAGAUAACAGCCUGGCUGACCGGCCAGCAGGGCCAGGCCUCUGCACGGCCCUGUGGCAGCUGGCCCUGGCCCUCAUCUUCAAGAUCCUGAUCACUGUCAUCACUUUUGGCAUGAAGGUUCCCUCUGGCCUCUUCAUCCCCAGCAUGGCGGUGGGAGCGAUAGCUGGCAGACUGCUGGGCGUGGGCAUGGAGCAGCUGGCCUACUACAACCAUGACUGGCUACUCUUUAGAGGGUGGUGCUCCCCAGGAGCCGACUGCAUCACACCGGGCCUUUACGCAAUGGUUGGGGCCGCUGCUUGUUUAGGUGGCGUGACCAGAAUGACGGUGUCGCUCGUGGUCAUCAUGUUUGAGCUGACCGGCGGGUUGGAGUACAUCGUUCCCCUCAUGGCCGCAACCAUGACCAGCAAAUGGGUGGCAGACGCCUUUGGAAGAGAGGGAAUUUAUGAGGCUCACAUAAGGCUGAACGGUUACCCGUUCCUGGAGCCGAAAGAAGAGUUUGAGCACAGCAGCCUGGCAGUGGACGUGAUGAGGCCGAGGAGGGGGGACCCUGCUCUGGCUGUGCUCACACAGGACAGCAUGACUGUAGGGGAGGUGGAGACGUUAGUAGAGAGCACGCACUACAGCGGCUUCCCUGUGGUCAUCUCGCAGGAAUCCCAAAGGCUGGUGGGAUUUGUGCUCAGAAGAGACCUGCUCAUAUCAAUAGAUAACGCCCGGAAGCGUCAGGAUGGCAUCGUCAGCGCCUCCCUGGUGGUCUUCACAGAGCACUGCCCUGCUCAGCCGCCCGAAGCGCCCCCUCCCCUCCGCCUCCGAGGCAUCAUGGACCUGAGCCCCUUCACCGUCACGGACCACACGCCCAUGGACAUCACCGUGGAUAUUUUCAGGAAACUGGGGCUCCGCCAGUGUCUGGUCACACAUAAUGGGAGGCUGCUGGGAAUCAUCACUAAAAAGGACAUCUUGAAACACAUGGCGCAGAUAUCCAACAGAGACCCUGACUCCAUCCUCUUCAACUGAACUCCUUUCGUUUGUCGCUUCCACCUCCUGUCCACGGAGCGGGACGGAGGACACAAACCAGCUCGGACACGCCUCACCUCUCCUCAAACCAGAGACCUCCAGCGUUCAUUUGCACAAACAAGCCACGGUUGGCCGAGUUGAAAUUCCUGUGAAAUUUUUUAUUUUUUAUUUUUUUGGAGGCCCUCUUGGAUCCAAUGAAGCAAAAGCUCUCUGUAGCAGUGACUCUCCCAGAGAGCUUCAGUGGGUGUGGGCGACUAGUUUACAUGUGCUCCUUUUGGCUCUUUCCUUUCUCUGCGUUUUUUUUUGUUUUUGUUUUUCGAGGGGGAAACUCAGAAGAAGUCUGGAAUCUUCCUCCUACUUUCUCCUGAGACCGGGGGGGAGGAGAUGAUCCGACGUGACUGACGCUGAAACUAAAAGAAGAGGUGAAGAGAGAGGGAAAAAAAUUUACAAAAUGAAGUGGGUGAAGAGAAGAUAGAGAGAGGUUUGGGAAGCUCCGUGAAUGCCCCGGAUCUGUCUUCGCAAGUCCAGACAAGACGCUGUUUUCCGGGAGCAGCGGCUGCACCGAUGGCUCGCCCGCAAAACCAGAGGGGAUCGAUUCAGGAUUUCGACGCCGAGGAUUGCACAUCUACACUCCAACAAAGACAAUGACGACAGCCUGGGAAGUCCCCAGAAAUGUCUCCUAAGUGUUUGAGACUUUGGCGGCAGCAUAGGAACCGACCGGCCACCGUCUGGGCCGGCACCGUAGCAGAACCGCUCUGGUCCAAACACCAUGCCAUGCCUUAUGGGAGUGCCGCAGUGGAAGGGCUUAAAGAAUCAUGACACAUUGAUUUAAUUUAAUGUCAAAUUGCCAAUCCCACUAAAUUAUUACACUGAUUUAAACAGA